AUGAAGGUGCUUGUAGCUCUUAGUUUGGUCUGUCUGGUUGCAGUAUACGCCAGAGAAAUUGAUGAUGGUGCUAAGGACCUCGUAGCGGCCGCCAGUGGUAAGGGGCAUCAUCACGAAGAAGGAGGUGGCAAGGAACAUCACGGCCAUCAUCAUCACGACCACGGUGAGAAGGGACACAAGGGCCACAAAGGACACCACCACCACCACAAGGGUGACCACGGUGAUCACGGCAAACAUCAUCACGCCGGUCAUCACCACGAACAUGGCGGCGGUCACAAGAAACAUUGGGAUGAACACGAUCAUCACGGCCAUCAUCAUGAGCAUGGUCAUCAUCAUAAGGGUGAUAAGCACGGUCAUCAUAAACAUCAUGACAAGGGUGAGAAGACUGAUGGAUACCACAAGAAAUACCAUAAGGACACGUUCCACAAGGAUCAUCACUUUUAUGAUGACCACCACGAUGAAGGCAAGCAUCAUAAGCAUGGUAAGCAUCAUGGCCAUCAUGAGAAACACGACGGAGGGCAUAAGAAGGGAGGUCAUCACGAACAUGGCCACCACGAGGGCCACCACGGUAAAAAGGGUCACCAUGACAAGCAUCACCAUGACGCUGAUCACCACGGUCAUAAGGGUCAUCACGGUCACGAGGAGCAUCAUCACGAUCAUCACGACCAUGGAAAGAAGGGUGGCCAUGAAGGCCAUAAGCAUUGGGGCUUCCACCAUGGUAAACACUGA